AUAUUUGCUUAAUUGAAAUUUACAGUAAAAUUUUGGUGAAAAUUCCUAGCACGUUAAAAUGGACCCAGAACAAACCACUCAGGCGAUCGGCGAAGCUCAUACAGUAGACUUGGACAAUGAGCGCUUAGACUGCGAGCAUCUUGACGAGCUAACCGAAAGGUGGAUGGAUCCAAAUAGACCCUCCUUUAUUACGGUGCUGUUGCGCUUCUUCGGCAACAUCUUCGUGGAUUGCUUCAGAGCCAUAUUUGCUUAAAAAAUCUAAGAUGUGUACAGAAAUUAAAAUGUUGGCAAAUAAAUAUACUAGAAAUUGUUAA